AUGACAGAAUGCGAGCGGAAUGGAAAGUUCGAUGAUCGACCGCUAAAGGUCUGGCACUUUGUCACCGAGCUUUUUGCUGAAUCCUUCUGGCGUGGACUUUUGCCGCUUGGCCGCCGUACGGGUCAAGUUCCAGUCAACAAGAAUAUGGCUAGCAUGGGUCAUGCAGGGUACUUCUGCCUUGAGUUGGGCUUGAUUGGCCGCCUCACCGAGGCCGCAGUCCGAGAACACUAUAUUUCAGAGAUGGUCGCUUGCGUGGCAGGUCAUGACUAG